GCCCAGCAGCCCAGUGUUUGGAACGUUACGAGUGCCUGCUAGAUCAGGCACAGAAGGAGGAGGAUAGAGAGGACGCUGCAGAUGACCCACGCAAGUUGAAGCCUGGGGAAAUUGACCCCAAUCCAGAGACAAAACCUGCACGUCCAGAUCCCAAGGACAUGGAUGAAGAUGAGUUGGAGAUGUUGUCUGAAGCACGUGCACGACUUGCCAAUACUCAGGCGUGAGCGUCGUAAGGACAAGCAGAAAUUGAAGCAGCGAAAGGAGAAUGAUAUUCCUAUGGCUAUGCUGCAGAAUCAAGAGCCAGCUAAGAAGCGCAGCAAGUUGGUUUUACCGGAACCUCAGAUAUCAGACCAGGAGCUGCAACAGGUGGUGAAAAUGGGACGUGCGAGUGAGGCAGCACGAGAAGUUGCUACUGAGGGCGGACACCAGCCUUCAGAUACACUGCUGGCUGAUUAUUCUCUGAUCCCUGCACGGGGCACUCGAACACCUCAUACUCCGGCACUCACAACUGAUAGGAUCUUGCAGGAGGCUCAGAACACGAUGGCUCUGACUCAUGUAGACACACCUCUUAAAGGAGGAUUCAAUACACCCUUGCAUAGCUCAAACUUCUCAGGCAUGACUCCACAAUGGGAAAUAGUCACCACACCAAACACAGUGCUCGCAACUCCAUUCAGAAGCCAACGUAGUGAUGCACUUCAUGCUCCAGCUGGUGGGGGUUUCCGUACAUCAAACCUAGAUGGCAGUAGGGGUGAUGUUGCACCUACACCCAUUCGUGACAAACUAAGCAUUAAUCCAGAAGAGAGGUUGGAUGUUGGGGAUACACCCCAAGCCAUGCAUAAUUAUCAGCGCCAGUUAAGAGAGCAGCUUCUAUCUGGGUUGAACUCUUUGCCUGCCCCAAGGAAUGAUUAUGAGAUAGUUAUCCCAGAUUCUGAGGAAGAAAAAGCUCCAGUAGAAUCUGCGAACAAUGUGGAGGACCAAGCAGAUGUGGACACCAGAAACCUUGCUGAGUUCAAGGCCAAAUGUGAACUGGAGAUGCGAAGUCGUUCCCAGCCAGUUCAGCAGUACUUGCCUCGACCAGUGGAGGUCAACAUGGCAGUACUGCGUCCACCUCACACAGACCCCCCACUCACAGAACUACAGAAGUCUGAGGAAUUGAUCAAAAGAGAAAUGAUCACAAUGCUACAUUAUGAUGCAGUCUAUUCACCACCCGUCAUACCAGCUGAAACCAAGAAGCGUGGUCAAGUGACAAGCCAAGAACAGCAUUUAGCAUACCUUGAGCAGUAUCCCUACAAGACCUACAGCCAGGAUCAACUAGCCCAAGCACACGCAAUAUUACAGAAAGAGAUGGAAGUAGUAAAACAAGGCAUGGGGCAUGGAGACUUGUCCUUGGAGUUGUACACUCAAGUGUGGGAGGAAUGUCUUGCACAGGUACUCUUCCUGCCAAGUCAAAAUCUGUACACACGUGCCAACCUAGCCAGUAAAAAAGAUCGUCUUGAGUCACAACAAAAGCACCUGGAGCAGAACCGAGGCCAUAUGACACGUGAGGCAAAGAGGGCUGCUAAGAUUGAGAAGAAACUGAAAAUCCUAACAGGAGGCUACCAGUCACGGGCACAGGGACUUAUAAAACAACUGCAUGAUUUGUAUGAGCAGAUAGAGCAGGCACAAUUUGAACUGUCGACAUUUGAUUUCCUUCAGCGCCAGGAAAUGGCAGCCAUUCCACAAAGACUUAACUCGCUGACAGAGGACGUUGGCAGGGCAACUGAACGAGAGAAGACAUUGCAGGCCAAGUUUGCUGAGCUUCAACAAACAGUGGAACAAUUACAACACUGA